UUUGGCGAUCCCUAAGAGCAGAACUGAAGAAGCUAACCUGUACAACGCCAAGAAUUAUUGAAGCCAACUGUUCUCACCGGUCCACAGUGUACUCCAGUUUGGAAAGAUGCUUUCCUCUCGUCUCCAGUGGGCCCUGGCUCUCCUGUCACUCGCCUUGGCAGUCAGCAGCGUCUCAGCGGCUCCUUCAGACCCUCGGCUCCGCCAGCUUCUUCAGAGAGCACUCGCUACAUCAGCAGGGAAGCAGGAUCUGUUAAAAUAUUCCCUUGCAGAACUGCUGUCCGAGCUCGCCCAGUCAGAGAACGACGCCCUGGCAUCAGACGAGCUGUCCCGUGCAGCCGAACAAGACGAAGUACGUCUGGAGCUGGAGAGGUCCGCUAAUGGAAACCCGGCAAUGGCACCCAGAGAACGCAAAGCCGGCUGCAAGAACUUCUUCUGGAAAACGUUCACCUCCUGCUAACUUUGAGCCCCCUCCAGCCGCGCCGUUCUUCAUCUUCUCCCCAGAACCCGUCUAAAAAGAGCUGCAAACUGUAAAUAAAAUGAAAUGUACACCCUGUUAUUGCAGUAAUUUAAACAACCAGUUUUGAUUUUAAUGUUAUCGGAGAAUGGUCUCUGCUUUGAAUUGGGAUUCAUGCAUAAGGCCCUCUUGGUAUGCAUUACCCGAUUCUGACAGAUAUACGAUCUUGAAUUGUUUGUUUCAAUAAAAUACGUUUCAGACUCAAA